AUGCCUGUAUUAAAACAGAUUGCUGGAGAAUGCAAAUGUUUGAGCCCAUCUCUAGCUGUCUAUCCAGUGGCAGCCAGAAAUCUCUUGGCAGAAUUUAGGGAAGCUACUUGGGAACAUAUCCCAAGAGAAGAAAACCUUGCAAUUAAUGAAAUGGCUCAGAUAGCAAUAGAAGUACAGAUGCCUGGAGACUGUGUGCAAAGAAUCAUCAAGGUAGGAAAGAAAAGCCUACCAUCUGUCUUGACUAGAGGAAUGGAAAUAGAUGUCAAUGCUGCCAUAAUGACUGAAGAAGAUUGGAGAUUGCCUAUAAUCAAUUAUCUGCAGUAUCCAACCCUUCCAUAUGAAAAAAGGAUUAGAAUCAUAGCCUUAAACUACCUCAUGUGGAAUGAAGAUUUGGUCCGAAAGAGCAAAGAUGAUUUACUUUUGAGGUGCUUAGGGAAAAAAGAAUAUAUGAAGGUCAUGGGAGAAACCCAUGAAGAAAUUUGUGGAGCUCAUUAG